AUGAAUGAUUUAAGUGAGUACGAAGCAAAGCGUGAGCGUCGCAUUGAAGAGAAUCGCGAAAAAUUGCUCGCUCUUGACCUUCCGAUCAUUCAAUCACCAUCUUGUCAAUUUCAAGACAAGAAACGAAAGCGAAAUGUCAAUGAGAAACUGCAAAAUCCAACGAGAAAAUCGUCGCGUCAAUGCCAACGUCGACAAGAGAAAUUCUCGAUUAAAGAAGAACAUCAAGUUAUUGACAGAUAUGAUAGACAGCACACUGUUAAAUUGGAGAGAAAAGAACGAAAGAGACGUUCGAAAACUGCUCAAAUAUUGGAACAUGAGACAAAUGAGCAGAUUUGUACACAAGAAGAACCACCGAAGAGUUUGGAUUGGAGAGCAAGGAGAAAAAUGCAAGCUGAAAUGAUGAGACGACAACGACGAGAAGAUGAAAAGAAGCGAAAAGCUGUUGAAAUUGAACAGAAGAAGGAGCAGAAAGCUCGAAAAAAAUUGGAGAAGUUUUUUCUUAAAGAAUUUGAGAAACAACAGCGUUUUGAAGAGUUAGAGUUGAUGAAGCACGAAGAUUUUAUUGUACGUGAAUUAAUGAAGCAUGAAAAGAAAGAAGAGAAGAAGAGACUUCAAAUUGAACGAGAUGCUGCAAGGAUUGUGUUUCGACUUUUAAGAAAAAGGUUACAGAAGCGAGAAAUGGAAAUGAUUGAAGACGAAAAGUUUCAUCAAGAAAUGUACCCGGUACGACAGAUUGCUCUUCCUUUUGUACGCAUUUCGCAGCCGACGAUACAAAAUGUUAGGAAACCAAGUGCAGUGCUUAAAAUUGAUACGAAGCUCUUCCAUGGAUUCUCACUUGGAAAGCAGUUUUUACCUCCUGGGAAACAAACAGUUAUGCAAGGUCUUGCUCCAGGAGGUUAUACUGCUAUAUUUCAAAGAUAUCGUGAUCUUCAAGUUUGGAAUAAUGCACUUACGUUAUUCGUAAAUGGAACAACAGGAAUGUUUCAUCGUUUUAUGUUUGAAGAAGCAAAGUUACGUGAUCGUAAGUUUGUUUUCUUUCGAUGGAGUCGUUGUGAAGAGGUCACGCCAUCGAUACUAGAACGACUACGUCAAGUUCCGAAAGGUGAAGAAUGGCUUCGUUUUGACAAUAAUUACUACGAUACUCCAGAGUCAAGUAAUUCGGAACCACUCUUGCUAUUUUUGCAGUAUCCAAAGGGUCCUUACAUCUAUUGUGGACGCCUUGGGUAUCUUGGCUAUCGAUCGAAUCCGCUCGAGUUUUCCUUUCAAUUACUUGAUUCUAAUGCAUUAAAUUGGAAACAACUUCGUACUCUAAUAACAACAGCAUAA